AUGAGUUUACAGGAAGAGGAUCCCCAAAAGUCCCAACAGGAGAAACUGCAGCAGAAAGCAGCCAGCAUCAUUCAGAAGGCCUGGAGAAGAUAUGUGUACAGAGAGGUCUUCAAGUAUUUCAAAGAGCUUAUAAGCCACUGCAACCUGCGAGAUCCACAAACGAUCCUGAAAACAGUCAAUCCUCGAGAGGCAGAGUUGCUGGAUGCUGCAGCCGGCGUGUUCAUCAGGUUCCGACUGGGAGGGAUUACUUUCCCUCCCAACAUCUAUUACAAAAUCUUCACCCACCGACCAAUCACAGACGUGUGUGCCACCAGCCCGAAGGACUACAGCCAGCUGAAGAAGCCUGUGGCCCAGCAGGCUGGCUGCCCUCUAGUGCAGGAGGACCGGUCAGGAUGGUACCGACGCAUGGAGAACAACAGCUGGAGGCUCUACUGUAACAAGGUGGCGCCCCUGGGUGAGCCCAUAGAGAUCGGUGCUGACAAGAAGAUGGACUUCCACUAUUCGCGGCUCCAGCGGCAACAAGAUGUAGACAAGUGGAGGAAGAGGAGGAAGAUUGAAUGGUUGAAGCAGAUGUAUGAGCGAGGUCGUCUGCAGACUCGUCCUGAGCAUCGUCAUGGCGACAUGGCGACGCUGGUGGAGGAAUCAGCCCAGGAAGUGAUGGACGCCAUAGAAGAGAAGGGGGAGGAUGAGAUACGUGAGUGGGAGCUGGACGAGCUGCUAGCCUGGACCAACACGCUCAACUUUGAGGAGUAUAUGCAUGAGUGGAGAGGAUUGGCCUGCAGUCACUCCUCUGAGCCAAGCAAAGAAGGUCAUUCACUCCCCCAUUAAAUCUAGUUUGCUGCUGUGGCUGCUGAAGACAUUUAGGUGAAACAGAAUAAAAUAAUCUGUUCAAACCUUCCUGUUGCUGAUGUGCUGAUUGUGCAGCUAUGCACGUUGAACCAUUUUCUACAGUAAUGUCCAUAACAGGAGGAGCACCAAUGUAAAUUUAAUUUCUGGUUCUAAUUAACUGGAAUUAUAUUAUCAAUGCAAUCAAGUUAUUUACGAUGCAAUGAUAAUUUAAAAUUAAUAAAGAAUGAUCAAUGUGAUUAUCCUGUGAUGAUGUGUGUUGUACAGCAUGAAUAAGACAUUAUUUAUUAUUAGGCAUUAGAAUUAAAUGACCCGGAAUUAAUAGAUCUGUUAUUUAAUCUCUGUGACAUCAAACCAGCUCAAACUGGUUUUAAUUUGAUUAUUAUUCUGACGGUUCCUCUGAAUACCAGAAGACCUCUUGGUGUCAUUUGAAUGUUUUUGCCUACCUGUUCGACAAAUAUAUACAUUUGAAUAAAAGGCACCAACCCAACGUGUCUUUGACUUUAAAACAGUCGUGUGUAAAUUGAAUCUGCUAAAAGGCUUCUGUGCUUUUUGCAUGUUGGUUCAGUCACUGCAGCUUACUGUGAGGUCACAUAGAACAUUUACAGGUCUAAAUGUUUCAGAUGUCAUUGCAGCAUGUGAUGUACACUACUGGUCAAAAGUUUUAGAACACACCAACUUUUCCAGAAUUUAAUUGAAAAUGAUGCAGUUUAAUGUCUCAGUGUACUCUGAAAUUAAUGCACAUUUGUAA